AUGGUAUUGCGUCAUAUGAGUUCUAUACUUUUCAAUUACCUUUCUUAUGAAUAUCCUCGUCCUUAUAUUAGUCAUUUGAUAUUCCUAUCAUUGACGACUAAUUUGGAACAACCAUCAUUAGUGUACAAUACCAUAAAUCAACCUUACAAGGCUGUGAAAAAUUGGCAGGUUCAGAAGGUGGUUGAUUUGUAUAUGAAAUUUCCCAACGACGACUAUUUAAAGGCGCUCUUGGUUCUUUUCCAAACAUUGGAUCCAAACCUCAACCUUUCUCAGUAUACAGAAGGUGGUAAUGUCAUUAAUUUCCGACUAGGUUCUUCCAAGUUCAAUCCAAGUAUUUUCCAGUAUGCCAAACAUGAUGAAUAUCUAGAACGUUUGAAGACCGUGUCUACCAACGUUAGUAUUUUUGAAGAGAAUGAAAAGGUACGACUACAAGCAAAAACAAAGAUGGAUACAAUCUCUUUAGUUUCCCGUGGUGGUAGAUAUAAAAGAAGAAAAUUUAUAGGAGGAGGAGAAAGUCAUGAAAGUUAUUAUCAUCAAUUGUUCAACCCAUUAAAGACAUCAAUAGUGGAGAUCCAAUCUAUAAAAGAUAUGCUUUCGAAUUUCGAAAGAAUUGCAUGUGCUUCCUCCAAUUCAGUAUUGGAUAAGCCAGUUCUUAGUUUAACCAAACGGUUUGAACGACUUUAUAUGAAUCUUAACUCCAUUGGACACAGCGAUCCAACUUUAGAGUCAUGGUUCAGUAUAUCCAAGUUUGCGCUUGAGGACAAUAGUCUAACAUACCCAGAGUUGGUCAAUAUUGUUGACAAUUUGAUAUUGAUUCUAAGAGGUCUGGUAGCAUGCAAUAUAUAUAUAUUGGUAAAAGAUUUCGUUCUUGGGGAAAUAUGUCCGAGACUAUCCCAAGAAGAAGACGACGAUGUGGAGCUUAAAAUUUAUCUUCAAAGACUACGAUUAGUUCGAUAUCUACCACCCAAAAUCAGUGGGAACAUUUAUGAAAACUUAUUGGACCCUCUAUUGAACACAUUAAAACUAAGAAAAUCCAGUCCUUAUUGGCCAGAGGUUGUAUGUUCUAUGUUGUUCAAUAUGAAAGAUUGGUUUUUACAGAUGUGUCAGUUAAUGCAACGAGCAGGUGGUUCUGCAACUCCCAAAGGAUCACGAUAUUUCAAAGUCAUAAAUAAUGGAUUACAGGCUAUCUUUCAGUUCGUGAAUGAAUUUCUAAUUAGUAAUUCAGCUUUGGAAGUUGAUAUCUACAUUUUACAGCUAUUGCAGAUAUUUAAGACCAUUAAAGACGAAGAUUUGCAUCGCCUAGAACCUUCUGCUGUGCUUUUACAUCCAUCUUCCAUAUAUCAUUUCCUUCUAUCAUGCAAUCCUCUUGUUGUAUCUGAGAUUUGCGGCUACAUUGCGCGUUCAAAGGCAUACAUUAUUGACCAAGAGCAUGAUAUACCCUUUAGAAGCUGUCGGAACUCGAUUGUUACCGAUGCAAUCAACUUUCUUUGGAGAAACCAAGGAUUUUAUUAUCAAAAGGAUAGUGCCAAUAAAGCCAUGCUACUCUCUCCCAAGUUCCUUGAGCUUGCACAGGGGAAGUUAUUUAUUAAUGACUCUGGAGUUGUUUUAUUUGAAGACGUAGGAAGUCUUUACCACAACGCUGGGUUUUCAUUUCUUAGUGCUCAAUUGGUAUGGAAGCUUGAAGAUUCUGAACCUAACAUCACAGUGAGACAUCUGGGUCCAGUUAGUACCUCAAGUAUAAGCAAGUUACGUGCUGGUGCAGACGAUACUGAGGUUUGGCUAGACUUAACGUAUGGUCAAUUAGCCGUAUACAUUCUUAAUCAGUUGGAUAAGUUUGGAUUGGAAGGGUUAUGUGAUUUGAUAUUCAGCUCUGUAAGUGGUCUACAGAACCAACGAGACGGACAGAAUUAA